CCAAAAGCUACUACCGUUUAUCUUCGCUUAAUUCUCUCUCUGCUCCCAAUUUCGAAAUAAAAAGGCUGUGAAAAUUCAAAUGGAGGACAUACCGAGGAUUUUAGUGUAUUUUGGAUGAAGGACUGACCGAACUGGACAUUCAAUGUUCACGUUUAUAGAGGUGAAAACGAUGCCCGUACAGCAAAUUGUCGUAAACCCAGUCACUUUACAACAGACUAAUAACAAGGAAAGAAAGGUGAGUUUUUCUUUAAGGAUUGCUUUCUUAAGCACUCUUUGAUAUCAUAAUUUAGCUCACCUCACCUACAUUCGGCCCGUGAAACUCGCAGCGGACUUCUCGCACCUUUUCGAUUUGUUUAUCUUUGAUGGAACGAUCGAAUUCUCGAAACAUGGCGUCUGCGAAGUAUACAGCAGAAGGCAUCCCGCCUUAUGUUCUAAAAACAAGAAAUCUGUAACGAUCACUGGAUUUUUUCCGUAUUUGCGGACGGUCUCUCGUCGAACUUGGUUAUUACUCUCACAGCAAGCUUUGUAGCGUAAAUUGAUUGAGGUUAACUAGCGUUUCUUGCUUCGCUUCGACUUUUUUGAAACGCACUUACCUUGCUUUUUUUUAUGUGGCAAAUCUGGGUGAAUAGAGAUGAUUGUAGUCUCUUUACUUUGGCCGCGUUGUUCUGUUAUUUUUUUAAAGGAGGCGCUCAGUCUGGUUCUUGAUCCGACCGCCUCGGAUUCUUCACUGAAUUUUAGCAGUUUCCGGGCGCCAAUUGAGAACUCUAGGCGAUUUUAUUUUUAUACGUUGGAAAUCUCAGAGAGGGGCUUAUUGACCAGCAUAAUUCAUUUUUGAAGCUUUAAAUUACAUAACAAAAAUUUAACUCUCAAGCUAAUAUUACAAGCGGCGUAAAAUUGUCUCUCGUAGCUUGCCGUCUAAGCUUCCCGUGCUCAACUUGUAACUUAAGUAUACAUCACUUUGUCAUGGUCAUGUUUUACGCGUUUACUUCUUAAUAAUUCCUGUUUCUGAUGUAGGGUAUCGUUAUUAACCCCAGAGACAGGAAGUUGUUGCAAAAUGUUCAGUUUUUAGUUUUAUAUUCUGUAAACCACGCGGAAAUGUACAGUAUGAAAGUGUUCAGAGAGGUGUCUAAGGUUAUCUCUGUGUGGUUCACAGUGAUAGUGUUUUUAAUUUUAUGGAGGUCACACAUUUUAAAUAAACUUCCACACAAAACACAUAAUUUUUGUUUCUGAUUUGUAGUGCACUCUGUUAUUACAAUAUGCUUGUUGAAGAAAAUAUAAAAAAUAUGUCAGGUUCUAAAUUAAUUAGUUUGACUGGUAGCAAUUAAAUGCUUUUAGACUGUUUUGGUUUCUGUCUGCAGUCGUAACAUCUUUUGAUCCAUUGCUCAAAGUAUAAAGUUCAAGUUAUUUUUGCUUUCUGUUCAUUUAUGAAUGCACAAUAUUGUCUUGACUCUAUGCAGAAAGUCAAGAUGCAUGCACUGAAAAUUCUGUUCUUUUUUUAAAUGUAAAUUUGACACUGCACUUCAUUUCUCCGAGUCAGUUUUAAAAAUAGAUGGGAAUGUCUGUCUGGGGCAAAUUCAUUUGUGAAAAUUAUGCAGAAAUUUUUGCUUGAAACAGGUUGUGAUUGGGCAGAAACCUGUAACAUGAGCAUGGUUACAAUAAUGCUUCUGAAUAUCUUUAAAGGUGCUAUAGUGGUGAGUGACAAUAGCACAAUGUAUGAUUUUGUUGGUAGACUUAAAUGGCUGCAAUAAUAACUUUAAACUAUAAUAAUUUGUUGAACAAAACUUAACUUUAAUGUGAGGCAUGACAAUUUUUCUUUUUUUUCGUCAUUAAAACUGAAAAAUGAUAGCCUGAAGGGCGAAACAUGAAAGAUUUUUCACUGUGAUUACAUAAUGUCCCUUGAAAGUGCUAACUCAAAGCAAUCAACUUUUGAUAAAGCAGGGUUGUCAAAAGUAGCCGGCUGCCGGCGAAAAUCGCCUCCUACUUGGUUAGUAUUGGCCGGCUACUCUGCUUGGCAUUUCUUUACAGAUGGCGUUUUUUAAAUAAAAUACCCCUGGACUGGCCGCUUACUUUGACAACUCAGCCGUCUACUUCAAAACUUUUUGACAACCCUGCGGAAUACUAUUUAGGUACUAUUUUCAAGGGUUUUGUUGAUAACCCAGAGGUGGUGAGUGGAAUGACUCAUUGGGCCGUUGUGUUUUCAUCCCAUUUCGCUUGAUGACCAAGCAAAGUUUGUUGGCAUUUCUAUGUCAAGCACCAUAAGAGGCUUGGUCUCAACUUUGGAUAACUUUUAUAUAUAUUUUUUAUUUGUCAUAGCGGAGCUCUUGCGUGCACAAAGCACGUGCAGCGGAGCACCAUGUGUAAGAAAAUUUGGUUAUGUAUGCAUUCAAGAAAUUUUGGUUCGGACAAAAUUGGCCGUAUGUGUGUCCACCCCUUCACGUAAGCCAGGGUGAAACUUUGCAUCUCAAGCACCAGUGCUUUUCGUUGGUAAAUCGCAUAACCUCCUGAACUUUUAGAGAUAAAAAACAACAACAACAAAGCCAACUUUUUUCUUUUGACUUAAUUUUAAUCUCUACAUUGACGUGGAUAACAGAGAAAGAGCUAGAGCGAGAGAUACAAAACAAAGGAGACCAAUUUUGUUGGAAGAAAAACCUGAAAAUUUUAUAGCUGUGGUGAGAAAAUGAGAAAUGCUAGCCGCCACCAAGGUGAAAAUGAGCGGCAGUGAAAAAAAGUGAACAGGGACACAUACAACAUUUCCUCCAUAAAACGUGUAACAAGGAAGUUUCUGAAAGUUUCAGGUUGUAGUUGUGCAUAGCAAUGGAAAAGAAAUGUAUAAAAAAAAGUGUGGUGCAUGUGCAAAGUUGUUUUUUGCUAAUUAGACCCACUGAUUUUUUUUGGCCCUUUUCGUUGCUGUUGCCACGUUACUACUAUUACACGAUUUUGUAUUUUGUUUGAGCAAACAAGCUUUGCUUUUAGCCUUGGCUAAAUCUCUCUUAAUAGUUGUUAUCAUAGGUGAUUCUGACUCCACUUAUACAAGACAUUCAAUGUUGAAGGUUUGAUCAGGAUACGUCAGUUGGUCAUCUGAGGCUGAUGUACUGUAUCCUAGUUAAGUUACAUCAAUGUUAUGCUUCCAGCAUAAAAACUAUUACAUGUUCUAGGCAUGAACGUUUGCCACGCCAGAUAUGAAAAAGCACUUAAAAACCACCCUUGAGAAGGGGCCAAAAAAUGUGUGGAAACAUGUUCCCCUACUAAUGCAGUGGUAUGAAAACGCAGGGAAAGGGUUUAAGCGCAAGGCAUAGAAUGGUGAUUACCUUGUUACACAGACCAAUCCAAAAAGAGGCAAUAAAUUCAAAAGAAUGCAGGUCCAAAUAGCUAAAUACAUAUUAAGCUAUAUAGUGAAAUAAGGUGAUUCCAAAAACUUAACACUUAAGGAUAUAAACUAUCAGAAAAGGAACUUUGCAAAGCAAACAUGAUGACUGAGCUGUGGUAGAAUGCCACAAAUCCCGCGCCUUAUUCAUUCCCAUGUCUCUCAAUCGUCAGAAUAAAAUUACAUUUUUUUGUCUUUUAAAAAACUAAAACAAAGUUUACUGUUAACAUAUGUGGAUAAGCCACAUCCCCAACUUUCUAAAUUGAUUUUGGAAAAAAAACUAGUGAAGUUUGCCAAUUUUCAGUUCAGUUUUUGCUGCAUAUUUGCUGUGAGUUUUAAUGCUAAUCAGCAUUUCAGUUUGAUAACAAAUUGUCCAUAUUAAGCUUGGAUUAUGCCCAAAUAUACGAUUUUAAGAACAAUAUUGUGUGAAACUGGCCAUCACAUAUUGUCAUAUAAUACUGCUGUGCUGGCUGACUAGUGACAGCUUGAUUUAAAAGCAGCAUUUAGUUUUGGUAAUAAAAUGUCAUGCCUUGUAAUCCAACAGCUGUACUUUUGUUGGAUUGGCCUAAAUUUGAAUCAAGUCUGGCAUCUAAACCAGGCCUAAAUGCACAUUUACAUUGAAGUGAUUAAAAAAAAUACAAAAGAAGGAAAAAGGGAAAGGGGUAAAUGAUUACAUAAUCUAGAUAAAUUAAUAUAAAACUAUGUUUAUUGAAGGAACAGAAAGCACAGGAGGGAUUUCUCUUGCUUAUUUAUGGUCUGGAUUCUGUUUGGUAUCUGAGAUUGAUUUUAUUUACAAAAUCUGGGAAGAGUAGAGACUUUCUUCACUUAAUUUGAAUUUGAAUAUGAAUUUAAAAAAAAUAAAAAAUAAGCAAAACAAACAAAUACAUGGGAGGAUAAAUUGAAUGUCGAUUAGCCCAACAAAUAAAUACUCUCAGACUGUCAAUAUAAUAUCGCAUGUACAUUGCACUACUUCCAGAAUUCCAAACCAAAGCUAUCAGACGGGCCAGCCGUAAUACCAAUAACGGAGAGCAGCAACGAUAAACCCAAGUCACUAGCCAAGAAAAGUGUGUCAAUGACCUCUGUGGCGUCAUCCAUGGAAAUCUGUAGGAUAUGUCAUUGUGAGGCAGAGCCUGACCAGCCUCUUAUUUCUCCUUGCUUAUGCUCAGGCUCUUUGCAGUAUGUUCAUCAGAGUUGUCUACAGAGGUGGAUUAAAAGUUCAGACACAAAAAAAUGUGAACUGUGUAAAUAUGAGUUUAUCAUGGAAUCUAAGAUGAAGCCUAUCACAAAAGUAAGUAAGAUCUUUUCUAAAUGUUUACCAUGGGAGUAGGAGAAAAAAUGGUUUUUAAUGGCAGGGAAAAGUCAGUAAAUUCCAAAAAAUUUGAGAGAUAUAUAUUUUUUUGGCCUAGCUAGAAACGCUAGGUCAUAUUGUUUUCCUCAAAGGCUAUACAUGUAAAAAGAUAUCAUCAUUGUAAAAACAUUCUGUAUGUUAUUAUUACUAUUAUUGCACAGUUAUAAUCAUAACUAUAACAAAAUUCUCAAAUCUGAUUGGUUAUCAACUGCCCUGAUUUCAGCCUUAAUAGGACAAUUUAAUAGGACAGUAGGCGUCAUGCCUAAGUAAUUGGACAGUACGCGCCAUCACGCGCGCUCUUAAAUGGCUUCUUUUUUUUUCAUUGCUAGCACAAAAAUCUUGGAAUUUCUUGUGUUUUGAUUUUAAAAAGCGCCUUAUAUAUCACAAAUUUUGUUAAAGUUAUGAUUAAUUGGUAACAGGACUUCGUAUCGUCCAAUUUGGUCUGUAAUCAUACUCGUGAUUAAACAAAUCGGACUCCCGCUACGCUGUCGUCCCAUUUUGUUAUCACUCAUAUAAUUACAGACCGAAUUGGACUCCACUCAGUCCUGUUACCAUUACUUAUUGUUGUUGUUAUUAUUAUUAUUAUUAUUAUUAUUAUUAUUAUUUUUACAUAAUGUAUUAUUUUGAUACUCUGACUCCUUAACUGAAGUCCAGAUUUGGCUCCCCACCCCUUCCCCCUCCCCCCCCCCCCCCCCCCACCCUUCCCCCUCACCAUACGUAUCGUAAUACACCUAUGCAUCUACUAUAUGUAAUCAUACAAUCUCUUUAUGUAUAUAGGAUUCUUAUCCUCUAAGAUUGUACCUAUAUUAACCAAUGUUUCAGGAUUUUUGUUCACCCUUAUGGGUGCAAACACCAGUGGAGCGUAGACUUUUUGGACAGGCAUAUUCUUUUGCAUUUUCCAUAAACUCUUCAUACUUAUCACCAAAAUCUAAUGUUUUUUUUUUCUUUUUUCAGUGGAAGGCUUUGGACAUGACAAGAAGUGAAAGGCGCAAGAUCCUGUGUUCAGUGUCAUUCCAUGUGAUUGCCAUCACAUGUGUUGUGUGGUCAUUGUGGGUACUGAUUGAGCGUACUGCAGAGGAAAUUAAGCAAGGCCAGCUAAAUUGGCCUUUCUGGACCAAACUAGUGGUCGUAGCUAUUGGAUUCACAGGUGGCUUGGUGUUCAUGUAUGUGCAGUGUAAAGUUUAUGUGCAGCUGUGGAAACGUCUCAAGGCAUUUAACCGUAUUAUCUUAGUAAAAGAUGUGCCUCCGCCGCAAGAAGGUGCUGAGUAUAUCUGAUCGUGUCCCCUCAUCACUGUAAGUAGACAUUUGAGUACUGGGAAAAUCUAGCUCAGAGCUGAAGCUCUCUGUGCUUUUUCUCAGCACCACUUUGGUGAAGAAGGGGUCCUCAAUUUCACCUUUUUAAGUACAAAUGAUGAAAGCUGCUUCAAGAAGCUUGUUCAUAGAACUCUGAUGUAUUAGUGUGUAUGAAGAACACAGUAUCCCCUCAUUUUAACUUUCAAAGUCCUUAGUUUACCCAUAAAGAUCAAAGUAAAAAGUAACUGUUAAAUUUCAGUUUGUAAAAUACAGAAAAAUGACUUUUAGUGCCAUGCAAACCAUAUACAGAGCCAGAGAGGUUUCGAUUAAAAUACAUGUAUGUGCAGUAAUAUCACAUUACUUCAUUCAUUCGUGUUGUCAUUUCUACAAUGUCGCUCCAUACUGUGUGUAUCUAUCUGUGUGAUUGGACUCACUUGGUUUGAAUCUUCAGUAAGGAGCAUUGGUUGAAUAAGUGGAUGCCUAUCAUGGCUACUUACACUGGUGUGAAAUGCUGCAUUUAAGUAGCUUAUACCGUGUUUACACUUGAGCAUUUUACAGUGCUAACAAAGUUUAUCUAGGUAAACGUUUUGUGAGUAUAAACAUCAACUGUUAUCUCAGUAAAUGUAUCAGUGACAACAGUUUUUACCAAGGUACAUGUAUAGUAAUGGUUUUUAUCUAGGCAAUGAUGAGGCAGGGUUUACAUGUACACCAUAUGUGUUGCUUGGUUACUGAAGUGAGAAUUACAGACAAUCAUGUCCAAUGGUUUUCUGAUUGAUUUAUUAAAUCACAUUUAAUGUUUUUAAUUGCCCUUGAAGUGAACUGCAACACUGAAAUCCUACAAUCCUUGCAGUGCACUAAACCUAAUGGUUAAGGCAAAAAAUGUUUUCCUCGUUGAGUUAAUGAUGUUUUCCUCUUUACAUUUUACUAAAUUCAUUCUUUGUUGCACUUAUCUUGAAAUCAGUCCAGAAUGAUCCUUAUUUGUGAACUGGAUAUCCAUGUUAACCAAGACGGCUAGUAUUUCUACCUCUAGGACUAGAAUAAUUCUUGCCCAUAAUACCAAAACAGAUUUUGCUGCUUUUUCUCUAAUAUUUUUCUGUUUAAUUUUGGUGGAGAAUAUUGACAGAUAACGUACAUGUAGGUUGUUAGGUCCAGUAAAAAAACACAGUGCUAAUAAGUCAUGGUAAAGAAACAGCACUUCAGUAAAUCAAAACUUUGUUUACAAAUGCCUAAGUGUGAACACGGCAUAGUUUUUUAAAAUAAUGAUAGCAUUCAAUUCUUGGCAGUGUCAAGUGGUUGUAGAGGGAAGUUAUUGACAAAUUAUUUUGUAGGCUACCAGAAAGUGUGAACUUCCGGGUAGGAAUAAGGUUAUCAAAACCAUAAUUAUUAAAGGAAAUAUUGAAAGAAUAUCUAGUAUGAUGAGAAGUUGUACUUUUGCUUUUGAGGUCAUGAACAGUCUCAUGGACAGUCAAAAUUGACUGCUGGAGUUAGGCAAUGAAAGAACUUUGUUUUUGAGAAGCAUUUUUUGGCGUUUUACAAAUACUUUAUUUCAAAUAUAUUACGUAAAAAAAAUUUUACAGGGUAACAAUUAACAUCAACUAGAAAACAGUUUUUGACUGAAAUACAAGUACUUGAGAACCAUGUUGCAUGUGUGUCUAACCACCUCAAGGGUAAUAAUUGCAACUGCCAUACAUAUUUCCAAGAACCGGUCAAGUAUAGUUGGUUAUGUACACAUAGUUGAGAAAGGUGUGAAUGUUGAAAAAUAAUAAUCAAAUGGAUCAAAAUAAUAAUUAUUGUAGCACAUGUAGCCUUGCCUGCUGGAUAGGCCUAACAUUACAUACACUUCUACUCGUUGCAACAGAUGUUGAUGAUAAUUAUAGGGCUUCUUAUUUUCAUCUGUUUCUUGGUGUUUAGAACCUUUGAUAAAACACUCGCCCCCCUAAACAUAUUCUGGCCUAAGAACAAGCUCUCCUGAGCGCUCUGGUGGUGGGACGGGAAAAAGGAAGGAGAGCUUGCAACUGCAUCUCUGGAAUUUGAAUAUCUGUAUCAAAAAAAAGUUGAUGCAAAAUGCUGCUUGGCAAAGACGACAUUACUAAUGAUGUCAUUACCCUUGGCCCGUGUUUUCCAGUGUUUGUUUACAUUUGCGCUGAUUGGCGGAAAUCUGACAACUCAGUCGACGGGGAGCCACAGGGAAAUUGGUGGUGGAGCAUCAAAUUUCAGAGAUGUAGUUGCAAUCUCUCCUUCCUUUUCCUGCCCUGCAGGCAGAGCGCUUGGAGAGCUUGGUCGCAGGUUAGACAUAUUCAAGUUCAACUU